UUCGCCGGAGCUCGUAAGUUCAAGUGCAAAUGAGCUAUCUGAUCUGAUGUAAAAGUUGGAGCCGACGGCGAGCCCAUAGGGCAAAGUACCCAUGGACGCGUCGCCAUCGGUCAUGCGGCGGGCGCGUUCCUACAAACACGGCGCAAAAGAAAAAAGCCCAGAAACGUCCCCGAGGCGAUCCUCUUGGGGAGGGGCUCACCAAAUAGGAGCGACGGGAAGGGGAGAGGAAGGGAGGGAAGAGGCAGGAGGGGAGGAGGGAGGAGGGAGGAAGGGAUGUUGACAUUUACUGCCAAAGACCCAUCGGAAAGGGCAGCAAGCAUCGGAAGUUAACGGACUUCAAUGCCGUCCAAAUCAACGGUGACUCAUUUCCUCUUCGGGUGGAGUCCGUUGCUGAGUUUGGACCACAAUUCACUUCUGCGAGCGUUGUGAGAAGACCAACUCUUGUCUGCGGGUCCUCAUUCUACCUGCGCGGGCGCACGGGAGGAGAGUCGGGCCUGACAAGGGUCCCCCAAGCCACGCAACUUAUCUCCAGAUGUGUAGAAACACAGCUGGCAGAACUUCCAUCGCUGCAGUCCGCAACGAUGCACCGAUGCCUAAGAUCACGCAGUCUCUGCGGAUAUACGUUGAGCCUGCGGGCACACCUCCCUGGUGGAGGCUUUACAAGGAAGAUCAACUGCCAGCUGCAUCAGAGGACGCGUUGGUUGCGUCAAGAAAUUGAAAAACUGAGUGCUGCAACGGCCCGAAAUCGAAACGAGACGCAUCAAUGCUCCUAUACGGCUAUUCCAUCACGAUGUGACUACGCAUGGGUGGCGCGUUUUUCUCUUGAACUGCAUCUCUUUUUUGGCGCCCUCCGCUCGCAGAUUCAUGGCGACACACAUCUGACCAAGCACCUUCAUGCCUGAGGAUGUUGUCGUCCGAUGCUCUACGAGAGCACGGGACUUGGGAAGCUGCUACUCUGACCUCCCAGGCGACUGCACGAAGUCUGCCGAGAAGGCAACCAAGCACACUGAGGAGGAGGAGGAGGAGGAGGAGGAGGAAGACGAGAAGGCAACGCAUGAUCAUCGUCUUGCGCAGAGGCUCUUACUUCGGAGGUGAGGGCAGAGAAGAUGCGCGUGGGAGCAUGUGCGAAUACAGCUGCCAAAGCUUCGCUCCUGGAGCCCCUCGAGCCUCGGGGGGGAGUUGGCGACCGACGGCGACGCCCGACUUAACGCUUGGCAUAAGAGCCGAUCAGAGGCCGAAGCCGCGCUGUCCGGCACCGGGCAAGAAACACACACCCCUGCGGCUCGGAAUGCCCAGCCGCUGGGGCGGGGAAAAUCAGACGCCGACGUCUGAGGACAAAACGCAGCUGCACAAACAUACACUGCAGCUGCUUCUUCUUCUUCUUCUUCGACCAGAACGGUCACUGCCGCAAGCCGGCUGGCGAUUCCCGGCUGACGUCGCCACAGGAGUCACGACCCAGCGUACAGCUCCAGCCCAACUCGCAUGUCGGACUCCGUCCACACUGGCGUGUUGAACACGGACAGCAGAGAAUGGCCGGCUGAACAGGUGGAGGCAGCGCUCGAGCCCUUCGUCGCUCCCUUUGGUGACUCCGAUUGGUCGCUCUGGCCCAACUGGCGAGACCUGGGCGUGCUGAAGCGCGUCUGGAUUGUCAGGGGACGUCGCCGAAUGUGUACUUCAUCAACGGCAGGUGACCUCGGAGCCGGCAUGCCCGCACUGAGCAUGGGCCUUCACUGAGCUGGCUGAAAACAGGACUGCGCUUGUGUCAAACUGACCCUUGAGCCAAAAUGGCUACGGGCCAGACUACGC